AUGAAAUGGGAUUCUAUAAAUUUGUAUUAUAAUCAAAUAUGUUUUUAUAUUACAUUGGGAAGUUUAUGUAUGCACUGUACAUUUUGGAUACAAGUUAUUCUUCAUCAUAAUAUUAGACAACGAUCAUUACAAUGGAUAUACAGUUAUCUAUUUAUCGAUAUUUUACUCAUGUCACUCUUUUUUCUCCAAUAUGGUAUACGAACAAAAGAUGAUUGUUUUUCGAAUACCGUUUUUAGUAUAUUAUGUACACUAGAAGCGUAUAGUGCAAUUUAUUUAAGUCUUAUUCAGCCUUAUUUGUUAGUUGGUUUAAAUAUUUGUCGUUAUUUACGAAUUGUUAAAAGUUUAAAUGUUUAUACAAGAUAUAUAAAGACAAUUUAUUUUAUUCAUAUUUUGCUCUAUAUUUCACCAUCACUUAGUUUUAUUUUACAAUUUCAGUUUGGUUGGUCUAUGUUAGAAUCAGGCACAGGAGCUAUUUGUGAUUUAACAUAUUCCUCCAUGUCUGCUCAAUCAAUAAAUAUUAUGCUCGAGUUUAUUAUUCCAGUUUCACUUAACAUAAUUUUCAUGGCUAUGACACUUGUACAUAUUCGACAUUCAAAACGUACAGUGAAUGCUGAAAGACAAGUUCAUAAACGACUAUUACUUCAAUUUUUUAUCGUCUAUAUGAUAUGGUUAUUAUUAUGGGGUCCCUUUGUGCUUAUUUAUCAAUUUACAAAAAUUACAGAUAGAAUAAGUUUUUAUUCUCAAAUUAUUUCGUUUUGUGAAGUGUUUUGUGAUCCGUUUAUCUUCAUUGCACUUGACAAUCGUUUCAUUGAGGCAUUGAAAAAAUCAUGGAAGAUGUUGAAAAAUAUACAACGUGUAUCACAAAUACAACCGAGUAGUAGAGCAAUGGCAAGAUCUGGAUUUUAA